AUGCCUGCAGCUGCCUCAAUAUAAGUCUCUUGACGCCUUGGGAUAAUACUAUAAGCACUGUAUCUAUAAAGAAUUCACGAGUAAAAUGGGAUACUCGGAGGUGUACUGCCACCUAUGCGGCGUGAGUUUCAAUAUUGCGCGGCGUCGAAAACCAGGCGAGCCCGAUCUGGCCAGCUGGGACUACACGGGCCGCCAAUGCGAUGAGCCAGGUGUCGACGAGGUGGACAGCUUGGAGCAGUGUGCUCGGAAUGGCUGCGCCGUAGCUGUGAAAUAUCCAAAGGGUGACGAUGACGACGUGGUGAAUGAUCCUGACUACGCGCCAGAGGACAGCGACGAAGAGCCAUAUGAAUAUGACUCCGACCACGACUCUGACUCGGGCGAUGCCAUGAGCGUCGACGAGGAGGGAAGCACCGCCACUACUGAUGCAUACCGGGACUUCUUGUCCAGCACACUGGAUCCACAGGGCCAAUUCGACGGAGAACCUGUCGGGAGCUUUGGCUACUCAAAUACAAAUACAUGUGGUAGAACCGAGACUAUCCUCCCUAUCACAGGUGAUGAAAUGCCAGGGGGACAUGACCCCGAAGUGCUGGAACAUAUCCCCGGCCCAAACUGCACAGAGGCGAAUGCGUACUCAGGAUACCGAAUCAGCCUCGAAGAGAUGCGAGGAUGUCGCACAGCCCAGUUCCUGGUGCAUAAGAGCUCAGCUGAAGGGGGAUGGAAACCCGAUGGUCUGCACGAACCCUGGGAGACAUCCCAAGAUUGGUUCCUAUCUGGAGUUUGCGAUGGUAUGGCAUCGCGGGAUAUGGGCGAUUCUACCGUCUGGCCUGCUCGAGGGGGGUUGGAGAGUCCCUGGGCAGACAAUGUUAAUUUUGACACAGAAUGGACUCCUUCAAAUGACCUGGCGAUGCCAUUCCACCCCUGGUGCUUUGACAUAUUCUGUCGACAAUCCAAAGCCCAGUUCAAGCACGUCAAUGUAUCCGGACUCAUGAAGUGGCGGAAUGCAGAGUUUAGCUGGGAAGACUUCCACUCGUUUCCUCGUGCAGGCGAGGUUUACGCAGCACAGGAACAGUUCUGGAAGCACGAGCCUGGGGCGGAGUAUCUGGUUGCCAACCCGCUCUACGUGCCAUGUCUACCGUCUCUUCUAGCUGCAGCGAAAGAGAAUAACACCGACAAGUCCCCAGAAGUAACAAAAAUACGAGAGCAAGGCCGGGCCAACUUGGAGUCAUUGCCGCUUGACAUCCGCCUCUUGAUAGUUGGACUUCUCGAUUCUGCUGAUAUAACUAGCCUGCGAAUGGCCUCGACAGUGUUCACCAAUCUGCCAAACAGUAUAUGGUAUCGACUUGUACGCAAUGAAAUGCCCUGGCUCUGGGAAGCAUGGGACGAGGGGGAAAUCGAGCAUACGCCUUCUCCCUGGACCGUGAUGACCGCGAACGAGAUGAAACUCUUAAUCGAAGAACGCAAACACUAUUCCAAAAUCCUGGCAGAGGAGUAUACACCGGUCAACGGCUUGCUUGAUUUUCUACUCCCGAAUCCGAGUGCUGGACCGGAUGUUAAACUCUCUCGAACGAACGCAAAUUGGCAUCAGGUGUAUGUACAGAUUAAACAGAACUGGGACAGGCUGAAAGGACUGCGCAAUCGACAGCGGAUUUGGGAGGACGUGGAGGAGGUGAUGUGCCUCAUCAAGAAAUAUUCAUAGCAUAGUGAUAUCUAACAAACAAAGAAAGACAUGGCUCAUUCGCAUAACAGCGCUAUCGGUAGCAUAAAAUCAAACAUCAAUCGCUUAGACAGUCGGCUUUUGGCCGUAAAUAAUAUGGCAGUGAACAUAAUACUGCCGACGCUCCUUGAAUUCCCUUUGGACCUUUGCAAUCAGCACACGGCAUUCCGCCUCGCUCCAGCCCAGGACACGGGUAAACACCGCCAGGGUGAGUGGCUCGACUGACUCAAUCGCAUGAACCUGCAUCCACUGGCCGAUCGUCUUGAGCGCCUUGUCCUUGG